AUGUUUCAUCAAAAUAUAUUUAUUCAAUGUCAUGGUAAAAAGAUCCUAAAAAUAGGGAGAGAGCAGUAUUUGAGAAGGAAUAUAUCAUGUGGAUCGCAGAUAUGUAUUCCGUGUGCGUUUUUUCCGCCUUUUUCUGAGUGUUCAGCAAAAAUAUCAGCACUUUCUUCAACUCCAAAGGCUAUUAAUGGGUUGGAGAAUGGGUGUUAUGUUGUCCCUGAUACAAAUGUUUUUUAUCAUUGCAUGAAUCUUAUUGAAAAAGAAAGUGUUUUUAAUGAUAUAAUAGUCCUUCAGACGGUUUUAGAAGAAUUGAAGAAAUUGAGUCUUUCUGCAUAUACUUUUCUUCGCCAAUAUGUUGCAUCUUUGGAUAAACGUUUUUAUGUUUUUUAUAAUGAAUUUCAUUUAGAAACAUAUGUGGAGCGUAUGGAUGAUGAGACUAUAAAUGACAGAAAUGAUCGAGGAAAGGUAUUAGCCAUUCGAACAGCAUGCAAGUGGUAUAUAUCACAUUUGAAAGAAGUAACACGUGGUACAAAAACGGUAGUUCCGGAGAUUUUGCUUUUGACGGACGAUAAAGAGAAUAGAUCUAAGGCAAAAGAUGAAGGAAUACAUGCAUAUUCAGUAGAGGAAUAUCUUUCUGAGUUUCCUAAUUCAGAUGAACUUCUUGAUAUGAUAUCAUCUGUUUCGGAGGCAGAUUCCCUUUCAAAGAAAGGAAUUUCUCUGUAUCCUGAAUAUUAUUCUUGUUCCUUUAUAUCAAAUGGUAUAAAAACUGGUAAAUUAUAUCAAGGAGAAUUUAAUGUUAACCCAUAUAAUUUUUUAGAGGCAAAUGUUUCUAUAUCUAAUUUUGAAAAACCUGUUAUUAUUCUUGGAAAGGAAAACAUUAAUAGAGCUAUUCAAGGAGAUAUAGUAGCUAUAGAACUUUUUCAGAAAGAACAUUGGAGAACUUUAACAUCUAAAAUAAUUGAGCAAGAAACUUUAUCAAUAAAUGAAAAUGCUGAGGUAGAAAAAUCAGAAGAAGUUAUAACACAAAAGGAUCAACAGGAGAUUAUAAAUGAACAAUGUACUUUAAAAGAUAGACGAGAAAAAGAAAAUAACAUUUUUCCUACAGGAAAAGUUGUUGGUAUUAUUAAAAGAAAUUGGAAAACUUAUGUUGGUCAAAUAGAUCCUAAAUCGGUUGUUGUAUCAAAUAAUACCAGAAUUCAACAAACUGUAUUUUUUAUUCCUACGGAUAAACGUAUUCCAAAAAUACGUAUUAAAACGAGACAAGGGCCAGUUUUAUUAGAUCAGAAGAUUCUGGUUAAUAUCGAUGCAUGGGACAGGGAUUCUAGGUAUCCCAGAGGGCAUUUUGUUCGUUCAUUAGGAAAAUUACAGGCUAAUGAGACAGAAAUGGAAGCUUUAUUGAUUGAAUAUGACAUACAACAUUCUCCAUUUCCGAAAAGUGUUUUGGAUUGUCUGCCAUCUGAAGGUGAUAAAUGGGAAGUAUCAUCUGUUAUGACACCUAGUGAUUGGGAAAAAAGAAGGGAUUUUCGCCAUCUUCCUGUUUGUAGUAUUGACCCUCCUGGUUGCGUGGAUAUUGAUGAUGCUCUUCAUGCAAGUCCUUUAGCAAAUGGGAAUUUCGAAGUGGGAGUUCAUAUUGCUGAUGUUUCAUACUUCGUAAAGCCAGGUACUGCUAUAGACAUAGAAGCAUCUGAAAGAGGAACAACUGUAUAUCUUGUGGACAAGCGAAUAGAUAUGUUGCCAUUACUAUUAGGGACAAAUUUAUGUUCUUUAAAACCUGGUGUUGAAAGAUUUGCAUUUUCUGUCAUAUGGGAAAUGACAUUUGAAGCGGAAAUUGUUAAAACUGAAUUUGUAAAAUCUGUAAUAAAAUCACGCUCGGCUUUUACUUAUGAAAGGGCUCAACUUGAAAUAGAUAAUAAGAUACAAAAUAAUGAAUUAUCUUUUUCUAUCAAGACGCUUCUUAUGCUUUCUAGAAAACUUCGUCAAAAAAGAUAUGAUAAUGGUGCUUUGAAUCUUACUAGUCCUGAACUGAAACUUGAAAUUGGGACAGAGACUUCCGAUAAAAUUACUUUGGAAUCCAAAAAACUUUAUGAAACAAACUUUUUGGUUGAAGAAUUUAUGUUAUUAGCUAAUAUUUCAGUAGCACAUAAAAUAUAUGAAGUAUAUCCAGAAUCUGCAAUAUUACGGCGCCAUGUUGCUCCACCUAAAGAAAAUUUUGAAACCCUUCGAGACAUUCUUAAAGUAAGACGGAAUAUGAUAUUAAAUACUGAUUCAUCUAAAAGUUUGGCUCUCUCUCUUGAUAAAUGUGUAGAUCCUAAUGAGCCAUAUUUUAAUACGUUAUUAAGAAUCAUGGUUACAAGAUGUAUGUCAUCUGCUGAAUAUUUUUUUGCUGGAAAUUAUAAUUAUUCUGAAUUAAAACAUUACGGUCUUGCUGUUGAUAUAUAUACACAUUGGACUAGCCCUAUUCGUCGUUAUGCAGAUAUAAUAACACAUCGCCAGCUAGCUGUUGCUAUUGGUUAUGAGUCUUUUCAACCGGUUUUGCAAGAUAAAUCUAAAUUGGAAAAAAUCUGUAAAAAUAUUAAUUAUAAACAUCGUAUGGGACAAAUUGUAGGAAGAUCUAGUCUAGAAUAUUAUGUUUCUCGAACAUUAGAAAAAGAAAUUUAUGAAGAUGCUUUUGUUAUGAAAGUAUUUAAAAAUGGGUUUCUUGUUUUCGUUUCAAGUCUUGGAAUAGAAGGGUUAGUAUAUACACGAGAUAUAUGUAAAUCAGAAUCAGCUGUUUUAUUUGAUCCGGAAUCAUACAGUCUUGUAAUAAGUCAAUUGAAAUCAGAUAUUUUUAAUAUAGAUAAUGAAUUUUCUCAGGGUAUAUUAAAUAUUGGUGUUUUUGAUAAAUGUAGGGUGAAAAUAUGUGUGAUUAAAGAAUCUACUGGAAGAAAAAAAAUUAAUAUACAAUUCAUAAAAAAACUAUAA